UGUGAUAACAGGGCAGAUUUUUAUGGGGCUUCUGUUUGCAUUUGGAGCUGCAGAGAAGAGGGAUGCUCCUUUCUGUCAGAUACUGGGGAAUCCAGAGUUCCCUCUUCUGUCUAAAGACGGAGAUGUAAUGAUUGGGGGAGCAUUUUCAAUCCACAGCAAAAUCACACAACCUCCCCUUUCCUUUUCAGAGAAACCGACACGUCUAACAUGUUCCAGGGUCAACCUCAGGGAGUUUCGAUUCGCUCAGACCAUGAUCUUUGGGAUCGAAGAAAUAAACCAAAGUAAAUCUAUUCUCCCUAAUGUGUCUAUUGGAUAUCGUAUUUAUGACAACUGUGGCUCGACGUUAUCAUCAAUGCGUGCUGUGAUGGGCCUGAUGAACAAUGAUGAGUUGACUGUGGGAAAGAUUUGCUCUGGUCAAUCAGCUGUUCAUGCUAUUAUCGGGGAGUCUGAAUCCUCCUCAACCAUCGUGCUAUCACGCACUACUGGACCGUUCAAGAUACCAGUGAUAAGCCAUUCAGCCACUUGUGAGUGUUUGAGCAACAGGAACGAGUAUCCCUCCUUCUUUCGCACCAUUGCCAGUGACCUCUACCAAAGCCAAGCCCUAGCCCAGUUGGUCAAGCACUUUGGCUGGACCUGGGUCGGUGCAGUUAACAGUGACAGUGACUAUGGCAACAAUGGCAUGGCCAUCUUUCUUGCUGCAGCGCAGGAGGAAGGAGUGUGUGUGGAGUAUAUAGAGAAAUUUCAUAGGGAAGAGCCGGAAAAACUCUUGAAAGUGGUAGAAGUGAUCCGAAAGAGCACAGCAAAGGUCAUCGUUGCUUUCCUUGCCCACGUUGAGAUGAACAACCUUCUACAGCAGUUGAGUCUGCACAAUGUCACGGGCCGGCAGUUUAUUGGUGUGGAGGCUUGGAUCACCGCCAACAGUCUUGUGACUCCUACCAGCUUUAGAGUGCUGGGAGGCUCACUGGGUUUCGCUGUGCAAAAGGUCAAUGUAAGCGGCCUAGAUGAUUUCUUAAUCAAAGAUUUCUGGGAUACAGAGUUUAGGUGCAAGGACACAACAACAGAAUUAUCACCAUGCAAAGGAAACCAGGAUCUAAUUGAGCUCAAAGAUUAUGUUGAUGAUGUGGCUGAGCUCAGAUACUCCAGUAACAUAUACAAAGCCAUCUAUGCUGUGGCACAUUCUCUGCACAGCCUCCUAAAGUGCUCAAAAAGUCAGGGAUGUGACAAGACUGUCCAAGUAACUCCCCAGCAGGUUGUGGAGUCUCUAAAGCGAGUCAAUUUUACCAUAAAGAACGGAGAUCAGGUGUGGUUCGACAGCACUGGAGCAGCUGUGGCUCGAUAUGAAGUGGUGAACUGGCAGAGGGGAUCGGACGGCUCAGUCCAGUUUAAACCUGUUGGCUUUUAUGAUGCCUCCCUCCCUCCUGGACAGAAGUUUGUCCUCAAUACUGAAGCCAUAACGUGGCCUGGAGGAAACAGAGAGUUACCUGUAUCAGUGUGCAGUGAGAGCUGUCGCCCAGGAGCUCAUAAAGUCCUUCAGAAAGGGAAGCCUGUCUGCUGCUAUGACUGUAUUCUGUGUGCAGAGGGAGAAAUCAGCAACAACACAGAUUCAAAUGACUGCAAAAAGUGUCCUGAAGAGUAUUGGUCCAAUCAAAACAGAGAUGCAUGUGUACUGAAAAACGUUGAGUUCCUCCAACACACUGAGGUUAUGGGUGUAAUACUUAUAUUUUUUACUUUGUUUGGUGUGUCCCUUACUUUAAUCGUUGUGACUCUAUUCAUAAUACACAAGGACACUCCAUUGGUGAAAGCAAACAACUCUGAGCUGAGCUUCCUGCUGCUCUUCUCUUUAACUCUGUGCUUCCUGUGUUCUCUGACCUUCGUCGGCCGGCCCUCUGAGUGGUCCUGUAUGCUGCGACACACAGCAUUCGGAAUCACAUUUGUCCUCUGUAUCUCAUGUGUUCUUGGGAAAACUAUAGUUGUAUUGAUGGCAUUUAAAGCGACACUUCCAGGCACUAAUGUGAUGAAAUGGUUUGGGCCUGCACAGCGGAGACUCAGUGUUCUGGCUUUUACUCUAAUACAGGUUUUAAUUUGCAUACUUUGGCUGACAAUCAAUCCUCCCUAUCCCUUCAAAAAUAUGAAAAUCUAUAAGGACAGGAUUAUCCUUGAGUGCGCCCUUGGAUCACCUGUAGGGUUCUGGGCUGUGUUAGGAUACAUAGGACUUCUUGCUAUCCUGUGUUUUGUUCUGGCGUUUCUGGCUCGAAAGCUGCCUGAUAAUUUCAAUGAAGCUAAAUUCAUCACCUUCAGCAUGCUGAUAUUCUGCGCAGUCUGGAUCACAUUUAUCCCAGCGUAUGUCAGCUCUCCUGGAAAGUUCACUGUGGCUGUGGAGAUAUUUGCCAUUCUGGCUUCUAGUUAUGGAUUACUUUUUUGCAUUUUUCUUCCAAAAUGUUUCAUAAUUUUGUUUCGACCAGAGCAGAACACUAAGAGACACAUGAUGGGCAAGACGUCUAAUAAUGAUACACAUUUUUAA